AUGGCGGGUGAUAAAAAGGGUAAGGCUAUUGCGAAAGCCCAGAAAGAGUCAAAAAAGAAGGGUCUGUAUUUACCACCAGAGGGCAUAGAGUCAGGUCCCCUUCGGAUUGGAGCUAGAGAUCCUGCACCUUGCCUUCCACCACUUGGCCUUCCAAUGCCACAUGUUACAGAUGGGUUGUCAUGGAGUCAGCCGACUGGCCAUGUCACAAUGCCCCCAUAUUUUUGGCCUCAGGGCCAGACAGAGCCACAUGCACGACGAUCUCAGUCCCCUAUCACACCUUUGACAAUCCCACAUGGACUCCCUGAGUUUUAUCAUGUAUCACAGCGAGCGAGUAGGAGCGGUACUUCGAUAGCUACUCCUAGCCCGACUAUGUCACAGCCAUCGACAUCAUCUACUCCACAUGUUGGGACCUCGGAGCGAGAAGAAAGUAGCUCCGAUUCUGAUGAAAAACGUCCCAAAAAAGGAGACCCUCCACAGCUUUUGAAUUUUGAUAUGCAUGGUCGUCUCAUAAUCGAGCCAGUUGGAUACACCUUCUAUCCAGGCAAAGCAACUAAAAGGAUUUCAAAGACAAUCAAAGGACUCUAUGGAGGCGCCGUUCCGUCUUGGGGCAAGGUGCCAGUGAAACUGAAGAAACAGAUGUUUCUAGAGUUUAGGACAAAGUGUUCCUGGAAGCCAGAACAUCAUGAUUUAGUAGCGCAGAAUUUUGAGAAAAAAGCGGCGAAAAUACUUAAGGAUGCAUUACUUAGAGACCGUAAUAAUUGCCUUCAGCCUGGCUGGAUCCAAGAUGAAUGGUGGAAGGACCUACUGCACUACUAGGCGACUGAUUCGAUGUUUUUUAAACGAAGUAAAAAUGGGAAGGCCGCUAGAGCCUCAGUGAAGGGUGGAUCGCUACAUACUAG